CGCACGCCCUCGGGGGCCAGGGGCACCCCGAACAGGGCCGGCAGGCCCGCGAAGUCCAGGGUGCUGGCGUUGCCGGCCCGCACGGCCCGCACCACCGCCCCCGAGGGCGCCAGCAGGGCCAGCAGGGCCAGCAGGAUCAGGGCGACCGCCACCCCAUGGCCGCCCCCCCUCCGCCUCCUCCGGGCGCUGUGCGCAGCUAGGUCCCGCCGGGGACCGCAGACGGGAGGCCUGCGGGCAUCUCCAGGGCCUCCCAGGGCGCCGGUGGCCCGGGUGGAAGGGAGGCGAGCUCGGAGGGGGUGCUCAGAGGCGGGUGAGCGGGGCAGCCGGGCCCCGGGCGGCCCCAGGCAGAAACUGCUCCCGGUGGCACCCAGCGUGCAUCGGGCGUGUCUGUGAAGGCCGGUCUCAGGAGCAGUCGACCCGCCCGGGAGGCCGUGCUGGAGGAUGGCACCGAGGCCAGGGGCCCCCAGGGUUCCAGGUGCCGCUGGCCUCUGUGACAUCGUCCUGUUACAUCCUGUCCCCAGGAGCCCCCCGGUUGCCUAGGGCUGUGGCCGGGACAGAACUCCUGGGUCUCAGAGCCGGUGGCCCGAGCAGGCUCUGAGGAAACCUGUGGGAGGUUCAGAGCAUGCUCAGUUCCUGGAGCCUGUGAGGCUCAGGGGUGCCACAGAGCGGCCCCCCGGUGGCCCGGACCCGGCACUCACACUCGUCCUGUACAGCAUCAUCUCCCCAGCCUCCCAGAGACCCACCCAGGAAGAUGCCCCCUUUUCAGAUACCCAGAAGGACCCAGACUUGUUCACGACACCCUCCCCCCACGAGGUCUGGAAACUGAGCACAAUGAUGAGGAACAUCCUGUAAGACGGACGGUGUGGGCGGUGAAGGAGACAAAGCACGAUCAGCGCUCGGCUCUGGGUCUCACGUCCUCCCUCUCCCUGACCCGCCUCUGCUUUGAAAUCCUUCUAGUCAGGGAUCUGUCUAAAAUCCCAGCCUCUGGUCUCCCCGUGGCCCCCCAGUGCCCUCCAGAUGAAGUCCAGGCUCCUCUGUGUGGCCCACAAGUCCCCCCACCCCCCCGCCGCCCCCCGGCCACUCACGGUGGUCAGGACCCUGCCAAUCUCUUAAGCCCGAUGCUUUUCAACGCUCCGACUGCAUCGUGAUUCCUUGACCUCUGGGGCCUUGCAAAGCUGCUUGUGGUGCCCGGAAGGGCAUUCUGUCCCCUCGUGGCACUUUGCCAGCCUGGCUACUUGCUCUGUGGGAUUUCUUGGUGGCCCCAUGCCUCCCAGGACGGCCCUCAGACGGCAAUGGAGGGGACAGGGACACACGGGCAGAAGGCCAUGUGGCAACAGAAGCAGACACCGGAGUGACGUGGUGGCCACAGCAGAAGCUGGGUGGGGUGGGGAGAGGACAGGGGACAGAGUCUCCCUGUGAGCCCUGGGAAGGAGCCCGCCCCGCCGACACCGACGUGGGGAGAGGACGGGUUUCUGCUGUUGGAGGACCUUCCCCCAGCCCUGCCCCAGGGGGUGGCACAGGUUACAGCGGCCCUAGGACAGGAAUAGCCCCUGGAAUCCUUGUCCCCGACAAGGCGAGGUGUCACCACGUGGAGAAUGGAGGAUUUCUGCACUGCUUGGCUCUUGUGCGAUGGGAACGAAUUCGCUGAUUGCUCCUGAAAUAAAAAGCAACUUGUGUUUCUGCAAGAGGCCUCUGGCUGCUGGCUGCAGAGGGACAGGGAGGCUGGGAAGCCACGGAGGGGACAGACACUCAGGGAAGGGACUCAGAGGGGACAGUAGCCCUGAGUGAGGAAGAGGACAGCAGGUGCUUGGGGCUGAGUGACGUUACCCCUGCCGAAGCCCUUCCCCCUGGGAUUCCUCCCCGAAGUCCCUUGGUGCCCCCGCCUUUCACGUCAUUCGAGCAACUGAUUUCCCUGAGGGACGGGUCCUUGUCCCCGCUGGGAUUUUAAAACCUCAUCUGGUUUUCUGAGUCUUUGUAUUUUGCAAACCCCAUCUCUCCGUGGCAAGAUAUUUGCGCUUUCUGUGACUCUCACGACGUUUGGAGAGAAAGACAACAGGAGAGCCGAUAUUUAGGGAACGUUUUGGUGCACAAAGGAGCGGACGGACGAGGAUGGGGGGGAGACGGAGAAAGCGGUUUGCCAAAGACCGCGGUGGGUGACGACGGGGCGUCUUGGCUCCCUCGGGCCUGCCGUGACAGAGUACCACAAACUGGGCGGCCGAGGACAUCGGGGAUUAAUGUUUUCGAAGCUCUGGAGACCCGAAGUCCCAGAUCAAAGGCUCGGCCGCGUGGCCCUCCUUCUGGAGGCUCCUCUGGCUUCUGGAACCUUCUUGGCUCACGUGCAGGUGGCCUGGAACGUGCCAGCAAAUGAACACCCCUGGGCGCGGCCGGGGACCCAGGACCGAACACCCCGUCUCUCCCCCUUCUCAGAUGCCAGGGCUCUGGGGUGCGCAUCCCGCGUCACCUCCUGGAGGACCCAGUUGGGCUGAACUCCCAGCUGCCCCCCGCCAACGUGUUUGCCAAGGGUGCUUUCUUUAUCAGAUGCCCUCCCUUUCCUGUCCCCCUCCCUCCCUCUCCAUCUUUCCGUUUCUACACCAGCCAGGGGGCGGCUCUUUUUGUCUCACCCCUCUUCCUCCUCCUUUGUCUCUGUGUCGGUACCUCCGCUGCCCGACUCUGCCCUCUGUCUCUGUCUCUGCCCUCUGUCUCUCUGUCUCUGCCCUCUGUCUCUGUCUCUGUCUCUGUGUGGGUCUCCCUUUGUGCCGCUGCGUCCCUGGCUCCUUUCGACGCGCUGGGUGCCGGAUACACAGCCGUGACGGAGACAAAACCCCCGACCUUACGGAGAUUCUGUUCCAGCCGAGAAGAGGGAAGUCAGCCAGACAACGAAUUAACUCCAUGAAUAAACCAGCCGUCAGAUAUGUGCUGGGCACCCACCGUGUGCGAGACCCUGGGCUGGGCGCUGGGGACAUGGAAGUGACUGGCACCAACCCAGUCCCCACCGUCCAGGGGCUCUGUCCAGUGGAGGAGGAAAGCGACCCACAAGGGAACGGGCAUAUCUCACGUGGCGAUCGGUCCCGUGACGGGAGUCAGACAACAAAGAGACAAGCCCAAGUGUCUGAGGAGUCAAGGUCAACCCCGACGAGCUGGGCGGAACUCGUGGGCCCAAGUGUGGGGACCAGCGGGGUAGCUCUCCCAAGAGACUUCGCUAAUUUGAAAAGUAAAAUGAUAACUUUCCAGUGGGGGGAUCCUGGCAGACACCGGGGUAACCAUGGGAUCAAGGUUAACAUCACCGGGGAUGAGACGCGUCGGCUUCGGGCGACUCCUGGCCUCCCGCCCUGAGGAGGACGCAGCGUCCCCUCCGUGGGACCCGGGCCACGCUGCCCAGCCCAGGCUCGUCCUGAGCCGAUAUCAGACAGACCGGAACGGAGGGGCGGUCCCCCAAACUCUUCCAAAGGUCAAGGUCGUGGAAGAUGAGAGACCGCGGACAUGUGACAACGAAAUACAGUGAGCGGCGCUGGCCGGGGUCCUGGGCCGGUCAAACCCCGGAUGAGGUAAGUUUGUUAGCAACGUUGUACCCACGUUAAUUUCCGGGUUUUGCCCAUCCUACCGGGUUGAUGUAAAAUGUCAUCACUCGGGAGAGCUGGGUGGAGGGUGUCCAGGAACCUGUACUUUCUGCGGCGUGUGGUGACCCCGUUCUUCUGUGAGUCUAUGAUUAUUUCAAAGCAAAACAUUCAAAAAACCCAAACAGCCUUAAGGAAAAGAAGAAGAAGGAAGGAAGGGCGCCUGGGGGGCUCAGUUGCUUAAGCACCUGACUUCGGCUCAGGUUAUCUCGCGGUUUGUGAGUUCGAGCCCCGCGUCGGGCUCUGUGCUGACGGCUCGGAGCCUGGAGCCUGCUUCGGAUUCUGUGUCUCCCUCUCUCUCUGCCCGUACCCCACUCAUGCUCUGUCUCUCUCACUCUCAAAAAUAAAUAAACAUUAAAAAAAUUUUUUUAAGGAAGAAGGGAGGAGGAAGAGGCGGGCGGAGGAGAGGAGGAGAAAGUCUCAGAAGGAGAUGGUGGCUGGCAUAGAAGGUGGUCAGGGAAGUCCUCUCCGAGUGGGUUGUCAUGUAAACCAAGACCUGAAGGGUGAGGAGGAGUUGGCAGAAGGAGACGGGGUGGGGAAGACCAGAGUUCCAAGGAGCAGGAACAGCACACGGGCAAAGGUCCUGUGGCAGGAGGGGUCAGUGUGUCUGAAGAAACGUGAAGAACAGUGUGGCUGGCGUGGGUAACUGCCUUGAUCCCGGAGGGUCUUGCAGAUAGAAAUGGGCAUUUUGCCUUUUACUGUAAGCGCAACGCAAAGCCUGUGUAUCUGGGUUCCCCUGAGACAAGGAUUCGGGUACAAGCAGUUGACGGGGUAAGUGAUUCCAGGAAGCCCAGGAGGGCAGUGGGAUAGUGAGAGAGGGAGGGGAAGGAGCCAGA